AUGGUCGACAAAGAUGAAGAUCCUGAGAUCACCCCAGCCAGUUCCUCUCCCCACACCCGGUCAAGCUCCGAGGCUGUCCCCGACAAUGAAAGAGCAAUGUUUGAGUACAUUCGACCUGAGGACCGGGAGGAGCUGACCCGCAUCGCCUCCAACUUCCCCCGGCACCGUGCAGCGGACUCUGGAGUUGCAGGCAUGGGCGGCAUUGAAAAGAAAGAUACACUCGAAGAUGUCGAGCUCGGUGAUCCCGUCCUCGAUCCCACGAGCAAUCAAUUCGACCAUUACAAGUGGGCUAGGAUGAUGCUGAAGCUGAUGGAUAAACAAGGAGUACCUCUACGCAAGUCGACGGGAGUUGUCUGGGAGAAUUUGAACAUCGCUGGCUCUGGGUCUGCCCUCCAGUACCAGAACAAUGUUGGCUCAGUACCCCUCGCUCCAUUCCGGCUGCAGGAGUACGUCUCUUUUGGCAAGGGCCAUUCGCAGAAGCAGAUCCUUCGCAACUUCGACGGAGUGCUCAAGAGUGGCGAGCUGCUGAUUGUCCUUGGACGGCCUGGUAGCGGUUGUUCUACCUUCCUCAAGUCUUUGUCUGGAGAAUUGCAUGGUCUCAAAGUGGAAAAGGGCUCGGAUAUCCAGUACAACGGCAUUCCCAUGGAAAGGAUGCAUCGCGAAUUCAAAGGAGAGGUUCUCUACAAUCAGGAGGUUGAUAAGCAUUUCCCCCACCUCACAGUCGGGGAAACGCUGGAGUUUGCUGCGGCAGCACGUACUCCUGAAAAUCGACUCAAUGGAGUCAGUCGUGUCAAAUUCGCCAAGUAUAUUACGCAGGUUGCCAUGGCUGUCUUUGGCCUCAGUCACACAUACAAUACCAAGGUUGGCGACGAUUAUAUCAGAGGUGUUUCUGGUGGUGAGCGAAAACGAGUCAGUAUCGCCGAGAUGGCAUUGUCGGGAGCCCCAGUCGGAGCUUGGGAUAAUAGCACUCGUGGCUUAGAUUCAGCGAGUGCCUUGGAAUUUGCCAAGUCACUACGGGUUUCAGCAAACCUUACUGGCUCUUGCCAUGCAGUUGCAAUCUAUCAAGCCUCCCAGGCAAUUUACGAUGUCUUCAACAAGGUCAUCGUCCUCUAUGAAGGGCGAGAAAUCUUCUUCGGGCCAUGCAGUGCAGCCAGAGACUACUUUAUCGAUAUGGGCUGGGAAUGCCCUCCUCGUCAAACAACCGGUGAUUUUCUCACUUCGGUGACUAACCAGCAAGAACGAACAGCUCGGGAGGGUAUGGCAAACAAAGUCCCGCGCACUCCGGACGAGUUUGCAGCGUACUGGAAGAAGAGCACCCAGUGUGUUGCCCUUCAAAGGGAAAUUGCGCAGUAUCGCGAGGAGUAUCCCCUCGGCGGAGCUGCAGGGCACGACUUUGACGAAACCAAGCGACAGCGACAGGCAAAGCACGUUCGGCCGAAGAGUCCAUAUGUCAUUUCAAUUCCAAUGCAAGUUCGGCUAUGCGUGAAAAGAGCAUAUCAACGCAUCUGGAACGAUAAGCCUUCUACUCUGACCACCGUCAUUGGGCGAAUCGUCAUGUCCUUGAUCAUCGGUUCAAUAUAUUUCGGGACGCCGAAUGCAUCUGUGGGUUUCCAGAGCAAAGGUGCUGCUCUGUUCUUCUCGGUUUUAAUGAACGCUCUUAUCAGUAUUACUGAGAUCAACUCGCUAUACGAUCAACGGCCUGUCAUUGAAAAACAAGCUUCCUAUGCUUUUGUGCAUCCCUUUGCGGAAGCCUUGGGGGGUAUAGUCGCAGAUAUACCUGUCAAAUUUGUGUCGGCAGUAGUAUUCAACGUCAUCUUCUACUUCCUCGCUAGUCUGCGAUAUGAACCUUCUCAGUUCUUCAUCUUCUUCCUGUUCACCUUCCUCAGUACACUAGCGAUGUCAGGUGUCUUCCGAACUUUGGCAGCAUCAACCAAGACCCUUGCACAGGCCAUGUCCAUGGCCGGAGUCAUCGUUCUGGCUAUCGUCAUCUACACCGGCUUCGUCAUCACCGCGCCUGAGAUGAGCAAGAUCCCUUGGUUCAGCUGGAUUCGUUGGAUUAAUCCAAUCUUCUACACCUUCGAGGCUCUGGUCGCUAACGAAUUCCACGGACGUGUCUUUGAAUGCUCUCAAUUCAUUCCCGCGUACCCAAAUUUAUCAGACGACUCUUUCAUCUGUGCCGUUCGAGGCGCUGUAGCUGGAGAAAGGACUGUUUCUGGAGAUGCUUACAUAGAAACCCAGUACAAGUACACUUACGCGCAUAUAUGGAGAAAUCUAGGUAUCCUUAUUGGAUUCUGGAUUUUCUUCAUGGCGUUGUACUUGAUUGCUUCUGAGCUCAACUCUGCUACUUCUUCUACAGCCGAGUUCCUUGUCUUCCGAAGAGGUCAUGUGCCUGCACAUUUGCGACAUCUCGAGAAGGGUGGAAAAGCUGGUAGCGCAGCUGAGGUUGCCCCGGCCACGAAGCAUUCUGCAGAGAAAGGUGACACGGCUAUUCCAUCGCAGCAUGACAUUUUCACUUGGCGAAACGUGUGCUACGAUAUCCCGGUCCAGGGUGGCCAGCGACGGCUAUUGGACCAUGUCUCUGGAUGGGUUAAACCUGGCACUCUCACAGCUUUGAUGGGCGUUUCUGGUGCUGGAAAGACUACUCUGCUAGAUGUUCUGGCCAAGCGUGUCUCGAUUGGAGUUGUCACUGGCGAUAUGCUUGUCAACGGCAAGCCACUGGAUACUAGCUUCCAAAGGAAGACUGGUUAUGUCCAACAGCAAGAUCUCCACCUUCCAACCACGACUGUUCGAGAGGCUCUACGAUUUAGUGCUACGCUCCGUCAGCCGAAGAGCGUGUCACAGAAAGAGAAAUAUCAUUACGUAGAAGAUGUCAUCGACAUGCUCGGUAUGCAAGACUUCGCAGAUGCAAUCCGCAAACUGUUGACUAUUGGAGUUGAGCUUGCGGCUAAACCUGCACUCUUGAUUUUCCUCGACGAACCGACGAGUGGGUUGGACUCUCAAAGUUCUUGGGCAAUCUGUGCCUUUUUACGAAAGCUCGCAGAGCAUGGUCAGGCCGUUUUGUCAACAAUCCAUCAACCGUCUGCACUACUCUUCCAACAAUUUGAUCGUCUACUCUUCUUGGCGAAGGGAGGAAAGACUGUUUAUUUCGGUGAAAUUGGUGACCAAUCCCGGACCCUCUUGGAAUACUUUGAAAGCAAUGGAGCCAGGGUUUGUGGCUCCUCCGAGAAUCCUGCGGAGUACAUGCUUGAGAUCAUCGGCGCCGGUGCUUCUGGUAAAUCGUCAAAGGACUGGUCUGCUGUAUGGAGUGAGAGCCAACAGGCAAAGGGUGUGCAAACAGAGAUCGAUCGGAUCCAUGAUGAAAGAGCUUCAGCAGCCCCCAAUGAGGAUGAGUCUCAGCUUGGUGAAUAUGCUAUGCCGUUCUUAUCACAGUUGUGGUGUGUCACACAUCGUUCGUUCCAGGGCUUCUGGCGCGAGCCGAGUUAUGUGUGGGCCAAAAUAAUGCUUGCCACUUUGUCCUCCCUUUUCAUCGGUUUCACGUUCUUCAAGCCAGAUGCUUCGCUUCAAGGAUUCCAGGAUGUUAUUUUCAGCGCCUUCAUGCUGACUUCAAUCUUCUCGACGCUGGUCCAACAGAUCAUGCCCAAGUUUGUCGUCCAGCGAUCACUUUAUGAAGUCCGCGAGCGCCCGUCCAAGGCUUACUCGUGGGCCGCAUUCCUCAUUUCCAACGUCAUCGUCGAAAUCCCAUAUCAAGUCUUCGUUGGUAUAAUUGCAUGGGCUUGCUACUACUACCCGAUCUAUGGAGCGGAGCAAGCCUCUCAGAGACAGGGUUUGAUGCUUCUGUUCGUCGUUCAGUUCUAUAUCUUCACAUCUACCUUUGCGUCUCUCGUCAUAGCCGCCCUUCCUGAUGCGGAAACUGGUGGCACCAUUGCGACUCUGAUGUUCAUCAUGACCCUCACCUUCAACGGAGUCUUGCAGCCGCCGAGUGCCUUACCUGGAUUCUGGAUCUUCAUGUACAGGGUUUCCCCACUAACCUACUUGAUCGCCGGUAUCACCGCAACAGGUUUGCAUGGUAGGAAGAUUGAAUGCUCUCCGGCUGAGCUGAGUGUGUUUAACCCUCCAUCUGGCUUGACAUGCGGUGCAUAUUUGAACCAGUAUGUUACUGCCGCGGGAGGGCAACUGUACAAUCCCACGGCUACUAGUAGCUGUGAGUACUGUCAACUCAGUAACGCAGAUCAAUACCUUGCUGCAAGCAAUAUCUUCUACAGCGAACGUUGGCGCAAUUUUGGAAUUGGCUGGGCAUAUAUUGGUUUCAAUAUCUUCGGCACCGUGCUCAUGUACUACAUGUUCCGUGUCAAGCACUAUAACCCGACAUCAUUGGUGAGAGGAAUUCGUAAUGGCGCUUCGUUCUUCUGUCGCGUGCUCAAGCGGCGCUCUGGUACGACGCCCCAGGGUAAGGAGGCGGACAAUGGCAGACUGGUUUAA